CUGCUGCAAUCUGCAUCUUGUUAUAGUAGUUAUUAGCAAUUUUAUUUCAUAUACUGGAGCAGUAUAAUCAUUAAUUUUGGGUCUGAAUAACUGCCUAAAUCAUCACUGAAAGAACAAAACUUGGCUUCUAAUCGAAGUUUAAGAAUAAAGGGGAAAAAUUGGCAGCAGAUGCUACAAGUAAGAUUUCUCUCUCUAGAUUCUCUUGGUUCAGAAACACCUUCAUGUAUGCAUUUAAAAACAAGUUUUUGUAGUGCGUGAAUGACUUUGACAUCCACUUUUCUCCUUGUAUUUUUUUUCCACAUCUUCUGGCUCAACCAUAAAAAGAUAAGUUCCAUGUACAUAGCAAAGUAGAAUGUUUGACACUGUUGUCAUAGUAGAUCCUCAAGCUAUUAAUGGCAAGGUAUGUCAACAAUUUGUCAGAUACUUGUUGAAGUGCUAAUCCUCUUGCACCUUCCUUCUGUUUAGGCCAGGGAAAACAGGCUGGCUCUCUUCGUGAAGGAUUCUUGUGUGUCUUCCUAAAAUCACGUAGUGUGUGGAUGAAUAAUAAUGGAUCGCUACAGAUAUUUCAUCUUUAACCAGAAAAGCAUGGUUGUGCUGGGGCUCUUGCAGAUAGCCUGUGCUACGGUGUGUGUCGCCAGUGGUUUGAUGGAAGGCACCUUAAGAACAGAGUCAGCGCUGAGUAAAAUCAGAGCACCCAUCUGGGCUGGAGUGGUCAUGUGUGUUCCUGGAAUUCUGGCUUUAUUUUCUUCCCAGAAAAAGAAUCCAAUUCUUGUGAAUGCAAUGAUAGUAGCUUCUCUGUUUUCUUGUUUUGCCACCAUCAUUGUAGUUGUGUAUGCUUCCCUAACUUUAAGCUAUGGUGAAGAAGAUGAAGUGUUCAUACAUAUGCCAGUCCAUGUUGUUCAUACGAAGUUUGUGCUUAGUAAGGUUGUCAAAGGAGCCAACAUAACAAUGCUAAUUGCAUCUAUCUGCAGUGCUACCAUUGUGCUGGUUAUUGCUUAUGUAGGCUGCCGAAGUCUUCCACGUUGUUCGUGUUAUGACAAUGUAACUGGAAUGGAAUGGUUACAACCUGGUGAGGAUCAGCAGCAGACUGUGGAACUGGUUUGCACUAUGCAAAGCUAUGGAGACAGAAUCUUUAAUUCUCCAGUGCAAUUUCCUGAUCAAGACUUGGAUGCAGAUGAAGAACUAUCCAAGCCACCUCCUUAUAUCAGACUUGCUUGAAGAAAGGCUAAGAAUUGUAAUGCUAAUAGACUGGAGAACUUGCCUUACAUUCUGCUACCUUUUUUAAAAGACUUUUUAACAACAAUCUGUGCACUUUUUCUUGGCGUCUGUAACCAGGAAAAUACUGAAUGCACAAAGUUCAGUGAAGAGGACAAUGCAGUUGUCUAUACACUCAUGGAUGAAAAGAUCCUACAUGUUCUUAGACUGAUUUAGGUUUUGCACAGUUAAAAUACCUCAUCUCUUCUGGGAUGUGUGAACAUCUCCCAUAGCUUUUAUAUGAAAUCUAUAUUUUUAAGUCUAGAUAAUGGAAUUUGUUUUGCGGCUUCAAUUUGGAAGUACUAGCUUUAAACAUUCAAAUAUUGAAUCUUAUGUAGGUUGAAUUAACAUUUUAAAACAUUCAUUUUUUUCUGAAAUAACUUUUUCUGCCUUUUAAAGAAGUUAUACUAGAAUGAAGGAGCCACUUAUUGUUAGACAUAAUUAUUUUUAUUUUUGUGGAGUGCACUGGAUAUUCAGCCAACUUCUUUAAUCUUUCUUGGGAAACUAACUAGAAUGUCUGGUAUUAAAACUUGAAACCUAUUCAAAUGUGCCUAUCAAAUUAUGGAUUCAGUUUUGUUUAAAAAUUCUUAUUUA